UUGCGGGUGUCAUGGCUGCUGUCGUACAGUCCGGCGCCGAGACAAACAUGUGUAAAAAUAACAUGUUUUUAAAGAAAUCACUCUCUACGCUUUCUCUGCGAAUAAUUGCUGAAUGUCCAGUGACAAAAGCAAGAGCUUGUGAUUUAGUUCUACCGCACUGCGCUGUCAGUACACCGGUUUUUAUGCCCGUGGGCACUCAGGGAACCAUGAAGGGGAUCAGUGCGGACCAGCUACAGGCUCUGGGCUGUCAGAUCUGUCUGGGAAACACUUACCAUCUGGGUAUGAGACCGGGGCCUGACUUGAUUGAGAAAUCCAAUGGUCUCCAUGGAUUCAUGAACUGGAAAAGAAAUCUUCUAACAGAUAGUGGAGGGUUUCAGAUGGUGUCUCUCGUUGAACUCUCAGAGGUUACAGAGGAAGGGGUGAAGUUCAAGUCCCCCUAUGAUGGCAAGGAGAUUCUCCUCAGUCCUGAGAAAUCCAUCAGCAUACAGAACAGUCUGGGGUCAGACAUCAUGAUGCAGCUGGAUGAUGUAGUAAGCAGCACUGUGACGGGACCACGUGUGGAGGAAGCAAUGCAUAGAUCCAUCCGCUGGCUGGACCGCUGCAUUUCAGCUAACAAAAAUCCAGACAAACAGAACCUUUUUGCUAUCAUUCAGGGUGGACUGAAUGCCGAUCUGCGAAAGACCUGUAUAGACGAAAUGACUAAGCGUGAUGUUCCUGGUUUUGCCAUCGGUGGGCUGAGUGGAGGAGAGGAGAAAGAUGACUUCUGGAAGAUGGUCACACUAAGCACAGACCACUUGCCAAGAGAAAAGCCUCGCUACCUCAUGGGUGUCGGGUAUGCAGUCGACCUGGUGGUGUGUGUUGCUCUGGGAUGCGAUAUGUUUGACUGUGUAUUUCCUACUCGAACUGCCAGGUUUGGCUCUGCCUUGGUGCCUUGGGGAUCACUUCAGGUAAAGCAAAAGCAGUACGCUAAGGACUUCCAACCUAUAGAUCCAGACUGCCAGUGUCCCACGUGCAAGAGACAUAGUCGUGCAUAUCUGCAUGCUCUGUUUAAGAUCGAUACUGCAGCCCUGCAUCAUAUCACCAUCCACAACAUUGCCUACCAGCUCAGUCUGAUGCGCUCAGUCAGACAGAGCAUCGUGGAAGGUCGUUUCCCUGAGUAUAUUCAGGCCUUCAUGAAGCGAAUGUUCCCCUCCCGUGACCAGUACCCCAGCUGGGCUGUGGACGCUCUGGCCUCCGUCGGCAUCACAUUGGAAUAAACCGUGGAAGGCAGCUGUGUGUUUUUCCCCUGAACGUGCUCCAAACAAAUUGAACAUUUUAGAUCUUUUUAAAUGACUUUUUUAUUUUAUUAGCAGAAUGUUUUGGUGUUUUUUGUUGUUUUUUACUCACACUCGACAGCAAGGUUGAUCUGCAGGGAUAAUGUUUGUCUAUUGUUGCAAGCCCUCUGCAGAUUGUCCCCUGAAUAAACAUUGUGAUGGUGUAAAACUGUAUCUGGCUUAAAUGAGGUUUGAAACGACUCCGAUUUGCUCAUUUUUUGUUGUUACCAUGGCUACACGACUAGGCCCACCCACUUUAAAUGAAACGUUUUACUGGCCUAUCAGCCGCAUUGUAAGGUUUUGUAAAUGCAUCAUUCAUUUUUGCAAAAGGUGCAAACUUAAUAAAUGUCUAUUUAUAUUUUGUGCAGGUACACCACAGCGUAGUUGUUGUCAGCCGGUGUUUGAGCAGAUGGAUGAAGCACAGCUCAGGUUGCAUGCAUGGGUCAUGACCACCAGAGGGCAAAGUAGACAAAACCCGCCAUCACAACAAGCAGCAGGUCUGCUGUCUGAGUAAAAAAAAAAAAAAAAAAAUCUAAUAUUAUAUUAAGAAGAAGAUCCGGAAAGACAUGAAGGUAAAAAAAAAUGAUGCAAAAGUUGGUACUGAAAUAAUCUUACAACACCUUUAUAUUCAUUAUUUAAUCAGCAUUUGCAAUUUGGAGGAAAAAAAGACUUGGAGAUCUCACAGUUGUUUGUUCAGCAAGGCUCAGCUGUGGGUGAAUAAUAUCAGAUGAUUAAUUUUAGUCCAUUUGAAUAGCACCUGCUGCGUGUGGCUUUAGUCAACAGUUUGCAGCCGUUUAAUUCUCAUCUUCUACCUGCAGGCACUGAUGUAAAGAGUCACAGGCAAACAUCUGUCAAAGGCACUUUUAAACACAAAAGAAAUAAUUGGUUUAGUGUAUGUUUAAGAGCAGAUUGAUAAAAGCUUAUGAUAAAAGGUAAGCCAAGGUAAUAUUUAUAUGGAAAGACUUCUACUCUGGGGAUAAAAGGGCAUUUUUAACAUAAAUUUUGUACUUUCACACAUGAUUUUUAUGUUAUUAAAGGAUUGUGCUUUGAAAAAGUCAGCUUUAAUCUGCUUUUUACCGUUAAGUAUAGUUGAGGUUUCACGUUAAACAUCCUCAAAGCUCUUAUGGUGCUUUCACACAUCUGCACAAAAAGUGUCAUACUGCUCAUUAUAGCAGAAUUACUGUCCUCUUUCUGUGUGAAACCAGGUGGUUGUUAAAUUAAAAGAUAGAAGAGAAUUUUAGUGUUUUAUUUGGAAAGCAGAAAGAUUGUUACUUAAAAAGUUGACUUUGUGUGAAGCUACAAUUUGAACUACACUGCAAUAUCACAAAUUAUUCCUGUUUAUCUGAUAUAAAAUCCGAUGUCUCUGCACUGAAAUUGUUA